GUUUCCUUGAGGGAGGGACAAGCGAGACCGCGCUGGCCGAGAAUGUCGUUGCUUUUCUUCCCGGGUUUCUUAUGGGAGGACCGGAGCCACACAGCCUUUACGCCGCGGGUCUAGCGGCGGGGCGGCCGCGCGGGACCGCCCACCUUGCUCGUCUCGCGGCGGCCGGACGCGCCAGGAGUGGGCCUGGCAAGAUCUGGCUAUACAUCAACCCUGGAGAAGAGGCAAGACACAGAGCUUCUGGUGUGACAUACCUAGAUAGGCUAGUAGCAAUAAAGCUGCCUUUGGAGCUCUCGAUGGAUUGAUUUGACUUUUCCUUUCUUAGCUCAUUUCAAGUGCCUUGUUUUCAGUUUUACAAUGAACAGAUUCAGCCUGGUUGCCGCCACCAUGAUGCCAUCUGCCUCAAAGUGUGUGCAAGAACUUCUGCUAACAUUUGCCUUCUCCUUUGCCUCUACUUGGGCUGAUGACCUUUCAGUGUUUCCAUACCAUGACUAUUGCAUCAUUGGGGCUGGCCCCUCAGGCUUGCAAAUGGCCUAUUUCCUUCAGCAUGCAGGCCGGGACUACAUGGUCUUUGAACAGAGCCACAUGCCAGGACGUUUCUUUGCCUUGUAUCCACGGCAUCGCAAGCUUAUCAGCAUCAACAAGCGCUAUACGGGCAAAGCCAACCGUGAGUUCAACCUUCGUCAUGACUGGAACUCGCUACUUAGCCACGAUAGUAGACUUCUUUUUCGACACUACUCUCCUGACUACUUCCCUGAUGCCGAUGCCAUGGUACAUUACCUGAGAGACUUUGCUUCCUUGCUAGACCUUCAGGUGCUCUACAACACAUCCAUUUCUCAUGUGAUGCUGAAGAAGGACACUAUGGCAUGGAAUGGCCACUACUUCAUCCUUGCAGACCAGAAUGCUCAGCACUAUAAAUGCAGUGUUCUUUUGGUGGCCACGGGGAUGUGGCUUCCUCACAAAGUGAACUUUCCUGGUUCAGAAUAUGUCGAGGGCUAUGAGUCUGUAUCUGUUGACCCUGAGGACUUUGUUGGCCAGUCAGUAUUGAUCCUGGGCCGAGGCAACUCUGCAUUUGAAACAGCUGAGAACAUUUUGGGCGUCACCAAUUUCAUACACAUGGUGAGCCGUUCUCGGGUUCGUCUCUCUUGGGCUACCCACUAUGUGGGAGAUCUAAGAGCAAUUAACAAUGGCCUCUUGGACACAUAUCAGCUGAAAUCUCUGGACGGCCUACUGGAAGGUGACUUAGAAGAUCUGGUUCUUGUCAAGGAUAAAAAGGGGAAGCUGCACAUUACCCUUCGCUUUUAUCUGGAGAACCGCAAUAGCAGCGAAGAGUCCAUUACUCUACCCCAGGAUGAGCUGGACAACUUUGCCACUCGGGCACCCUAUGACCGUGCCAUUCGUUGCCUGGGAUGGAAGUUUGACUUCUCCAUAUUUAACAAGUCUGUUGGACUUAUGCAUGGCAAAGGCAGUAAGAAAAAAUAUCCUUUGAUCAAGCCCAGCUAUGAAGCCAAAGCUACUCGAGGUCUCUUUGUACUGGGCACUGCAAGCCACUCAGUUGACUUCCGCAAAUCUGCUGGAGGCUUUAUUCAUGGGUUCCGAUAUACAGCUCGAGUCGUUCAUCGUUUAUUAGAAGUGCGCCACCAUGGUGUCCCUUGGCCGUCUUCUACCUACCCCAUUAUUCAGCUAACCAACUCCAUUGUCAAGCGGGUGAAUGAGGCAUCCGGGCUGUACCAGAUGUUCACAGUGCUAGCAGAUGUCAUUUUGCUGAAAGAGAAUGCCACUGAAUUUGAGUAUCUGGAGGAAUUUCCGGUCGGAGUCCUGCAAGACCUUGAAUGGCGCACAGGAAGGAAAGUUCAGAAUGGGCUUUUUGUCAUCAUGAUGGAGUACGGGAAGAACUUCUCUGGACCGGACAAGGAUGUCUUCUAUUAUAACCGUGCAGUGGGCGAGGCACAGCAUGCUUGGCAGUCCAAUUUCCUGCACCCUGUCAUAUAUUACUACAAACGCCUUCCCACUGAGCGUGAAAUGAGGCAUUGUCCGCCAGACUGGCCUCUUCCCCGCCCAGAUGCCAUCCAUCACAUUGUGGAGGACUUCCUGACAGACUGGACUGCUCAGAAUGCCCACAUCCUCCCUCUGAGGCGCUUCCUGGAGAAUUGCCUGGGAAUCGACCUGCGCAGGUUCUAUGCAGAGUCCUGUUUCCUCUUUGCGCUGACACGCCAGAAGUUGCCUUUCUUCUGCCAACAGGGAUACAUGAGAAGACAGGGGCUAAUGGGUAAUGAGAGACUUAAACGUCAUGGAGUAGAAGCUGGGUUGCUGGAAGACUAUGCUGCUGUGGACUCUCUAAGAGAGCUGGAAGAGGGCACUGUACGAUUGCAUGACCACCUGUUGGAGGAUCGCAUGAUGCCAAACCAUCAGCUGCAGCAUCUCAUGAUCACCAAGGAUGAACUUUAGCAUUCCUUGGUCAAAAUCUACAAAUUGUGGUCUUGGUACUGUGACAAAGAUCUGCAGAGGAACUCUUAAGUUCCAUUGUGCACAGAUAGGCCCCUACCUAUUCCUUUAUGGGGACCAUGACUUGCCAAAGACUUGUGUGAGUCUCUUCACAUUUAUGAAGGACAAAAUGCUUUACAGGAUAAGCAAAAGCAGCAAUUUGAUGAUGCCAAGACAUCUGUUUGCUCCUAUUCACUGCUUGCUGUGUUGCAUUUCUAUGAGCCAGUCUCUUAUCACAGAAGGGGAAAAAGUGAUACCUAAAUGAUUUGCCAGGGAGUAUUAUUCCUGAUUGCAUGUUUUGUGGUGAUCUGUAAGGGAUGUCCUGGUUUAUGGAUGCUCUCUGUACUGUGUUCUUGCAUAUACUUGCAAAUUGGUAUGUGCAUGAAUUUACAAGCAAUGUGGUAGUUGUGUGAGAGGUAAAAGUGCUGGGAACUUUCCAGCAGGGAAAUACCUACUUCCUCUACAAGGGGCCAAUCUCUCUCAAGCCACAGUAAGCCUGGAUCCCUUUGGUGUUUUGUGGCCCAAUUGCAUCCACCUCCUUAAACAUUAGCUUGUCCUGUAGAAGUGGUAUUCCCGAGUGCCAGCAUGUCCUUCUCAGGAGCCUCCUGUAUCUUUACAAAACAUCUGUCCUCUUUGCACUAUACCUCUUUUAAAAAACUUCAAGAGGUAAUUUUUUUUAAAUAUCCCUAUUUUUAGGUAAGAGUAGAUAUCUGCACUUUAUUGUACACCCGUCUCACAUUUCCUGCAAGUCAGGAGCAGACUGGAAGGAGUUCAAGUUCUUGUCUCUGAUCUUCCCAUAAGCUUUUAAGAAGUGGGCCUUUAAAUCCUUUGUAAUCUCUGCACUUGUGCUUCCUCGGUUACACGGUUCCUGCAGCUGCUGCCCUAAUGCCAUCUUAGCUCUCCUGCUGAUCUGUAAAUAUCUUUCAAAUUCAUCUGCCACUUACUCUUGAAAGUGAAGCUGAAAAGACUCUCCUCUUAAUAGUCCAUGAGUAAAAGUUAGAAUUCCUCUGGGCAGCUCAUUUGGGUUGGCAGGGUUAGACAGUCUCUUUGAUCCUAUGAGAGCCCAGAGAGCACCUGCUUUGCAUACAAAAGAUCCCAGUUUCAAUUCCUAGCACUGCCAGAUAAAAGAUCUCAAGGCCUUGGAAAGCUGUUGCAGGUCAGAGCAGAUAAUACCAGCUAAAUAGAACAAGGAUCUGAUGGUAACAGGGAGCUUCAUGUGUUUAUUUAAUGUAGUGGGUUUACAUGGAUCUAGAAUCCUGUGCAAAACAAUCUUUAAAAGGCGUCUGCAGCUAACGCUUCCCACAUCCUCAGCACUUUGGAGCUGCCUUGGUCAAACUGGAACUUUUGAAGAUUUUACACACCUGUUAAGCAGGGAGAUUUGAAUUCCUUGCUUGGAGCGGUCUUUCUACUGGCAGCAUCUCUUCUUCUGUCCCCCAUAAUUACCCCCAAGAACCCAGUGCUGUAAAUUGACAAUAUAUGUGUUGCCUUUUGUUGUUUUCUUAAAAGCAGAGUUAUUUUUUUUAUACAACCAUUCAGCAGAUAAUUUCCCCCAGGUCAGGCCAGUGUCUGCUUUGCUGCUGCUCCACAGAUGGAAGCCCAGCUGCCAAGCCAGGAUCUGGCAUUCCAGUGCUUUGUUUUCAGUGCCUAUCACAUUCAAACAUUUCCAGAGAGCCUCGUGGUUCCACAGACUGGGCAACUGAAUGUCUUUGGUUUUUAAUGCUCUUUUUUUCUUAACAGUAUUAUUUUUUAAAAUGUCAGGCAUGAAACAAGUGGGUAACUGGUAAUACUGUUGUAUUGCAAAUGUGCCAGGUAUGGCUGUAUUAUUGGAAUGAACUCUUAAAAACAUUUCCAAGCCCA